AUGGCAGGUGGAGGCGAUGAGCUGAAGCUUCUCAACACUUGGUUCAGCCCGUUCGGAUCCCGAGUGAUGCUUGCACUCCACCUCAAGGGCCUGAGCUACGAGUACAUGGAGGAGGAGGACGUCAUCAACAACAAGAGCCAGCUCCUCCUUGAGAGCAACCCCGUCCACAAGAAGGUCCCCGUGCUAUUCCACAAGGGCAAGGUUCUAUGCGAGUCCAUGAUCAUCGUCAACUAUCUUGAGGAGGCAUUCCCCGACGCUGGGCCGUCGCUCCUCCCCUCUGACCCCUACGAACGUGCCAUCGCUCAGUUCUGGGCCGCCUUUAUCGAGACCAAGGUGGUGCAGCCCUGGGUCCUACUGCUUGACGGCACCAGGACACGUGAGGAGAUGAGCGAGUUGGUGAAGCAGAUGCUCGCGGCGGUGGUGACCUUGGAGGGCGCGCUGGCGCAAUGCUCCAAGGGCAAACCCUUCUUCGGCGGCGACAGCGUCGGGUACGUGGAUGUCGCGCUGGGCGGCCUCCUCGUGUGGGUGCGCGCAACCGAGGCACUGUUCGGCAGCCUCGGCGUCAACAUCAAGUUCCUCGACGCCGCCAGGACCCCACUCCUGGCGGCCUGGGCCGAGCGCUUCGCCUCGCUUGACGCGGCCAAGGUGGCCCUGCCAGACUACGGCAGGCUGAUCAAGUAUACCAUGAUGAGGCGGAGCGCGGCGGCAUCCGUUUUGGCGCCGAAUAACUGA